GACCAGUAAUGGCACGACGCACAAUGGCUCUUCUUCCUCAGUGGUCUUCUCGCAUUUUUUCAGUAGAUCUGGAUGGAGCACCUCUCUACUUUGCAAUUCAAGAAAAACACCAGGGAACCGUGGUGCCACAUAUGUUCAGAAGGGUUCAACAGUAUGCCAGAUGUUACUCUCUCCUUGUGUGCAGCAGCGACAGAGUCCGAAAAGCCAAGUUUUACUGGGAGCUGAAAGACAAACUGUUGAGAGACUUGCCUCGGGAGUGUAAUUUGUCGCCUAUGUCCGCAUUUCUGCCAAACGUAAAGGACUCACUCAUCAAGGGGUACUUUUUAAAGGAUUCAUCCAAGAGUUCCUCCCGGACAGAGGGCCUUCUGCGACAAUUGAUCCAGCAUGACCCAGUGUUAGUGUGUUCAUACUUAAGAAGUGAAGAUGGUCGGCAGUGGACACAGCAUCUCUGGUCACAUGCAGAGGGCUCAACGAUGGAAACGUCCAACAAUUACUAUGUGGUACCAUCAGAAGCGCCAGAAUAUCACCCAUCUAUUCUUAACAUCAUCAACUCUGAUGUUUUCUACAGUUUUCAGGAGGCCUAUGAAGUUUUAAAGAAGUGUGGUGACAUCAUCCCAGAGGCAACGUCUGUACUAGAGCUCUUGUCCAGCAGAUUGGAGGCCAGACGUAAACCAGACUUCCCUGUUAUUGUCAUAGAAGGCCUGGAUGCCACAGGUAAGACGACUCUGACAGAAUCUCUGAGGGAUACUCUUGGAGCCAGUCUUCUGCGGUCCCCUCCCCACUGCCUCUCCCCCUGGAGGGCCCGCUUUGAUCAAGAGCCACCCCUCAUCCGCAGGGCCUUCUACGCUCUGGGGAACUACAUCACAGCAGAACAAAUAGGCCAGGAGGCCACGAAGACACCUGUCAUCAUUGACAGAUUCUGGCACAGCACAGCAGCAUAUGCCAUUGCCACAGCAGUGAGUGGUUCGGUGUGCAACCUUCCAGAAGAGGGUUCAGAAGUGUACCGUUGGCCCAGUGACCUGUUCCAGCCCAGCCUGGUGGUCGUACUCAACCUGGAUCCUGAGGAGAGGAAGAGGAGGCUGAUGGACAGAGGUCAAGGAAAGACUGAAGAGGAGCAAGAAUUGGAUCAGAACCAACUUUUCAGACUCAGAGUGGAGGAGGCUUACCGGAGGAUCAGUGGCCCAGCUUGUGUCACUGUGGAUGCUAGUCCUUCUGCAGACCAAGUGCUCCAACAAGUGCUGCUUUUAAUUAGGGGCAAAUGCCACUUGUAAACAGUUCUCCAUCUCCCCUACUGGCAGCUAAAUAUCAAGUGGACGUAGUACUUCUUUUCACCACUGGGUGCCAGUAAGGUGAUGUGAAUGUGAUAGUAGGAGGGCUGGUGGCCAGAUUGGAGUGUGGAGAGGAGAUCCUACUCAGAAUAAGUAAAGGUUUAAUGGCCAGGGGCCAGAACUGCAUGCUACAAUCAGUAAUACAUAUUCAUGUAGACUCACACACACACACACACACCUACACACACACACACACACACACACACACACACACACACACACACACACACACACACACACACACACACACACACACACACACACACACACAAUAUUGUCCAGAAGAAGUGUGCAUUUAACUGCUGCUGUGAGCUCUCAGAAAUCAGAUACAGUGUAGCUGCAUUUAUUGACAGCCACUUGUAUCUGGACCGACAAAGAGGGAAUGAAGAGAAACACUUACAGUAUAAGCACCAGUCACAGAGAUUCAUUUAAGUGCAUUAACAAGCAAAAUCCAAAAUUUAAAGUAUAUAAGAUAACAAGAUUGAAAACAUUUAUGUCAACAGGAUGGAAUUUAUAUUGAGAUAACAGUUAAGCUGUUUUAAAUUAAAGAAAAUGA